CUCAGAGAGAGUUUGCUCGGAACCGUAUCGCACAGUGGACGUGUUGUAGCGGACGGAGGAAAGAGCCUUUAAACAAAGCCGGUUGAGUUUGACACAUCUGAAGGGAAGAUCCGUGUUAAAAUGUCACACUUGUCAUCUGUGACAGGUUUAAGGGUGUGGAGUACUGGGCACUUCUGGUUUAUGUGAAAGGUUGCGGGUGGGCUGUGUGUGGCGUUUCGACUUCCCACAGGUGCCAGACACAAAUCCAAGUGUCUGGAUCCCUGUUGGAUUCAAGAAGACUCCCUCUGCGUCUGCUGACUCAGACGCAGAGUCCUCCACGAUGGUCCUGUCCCCGCCACACUCCUCACGGCUGAAGUAUGUGUCUCUGGGGGUGCUGGUGUUGCAGACCACCUCGCUGGUGCUCACAAUGCGCUACUCCCGCACCCUGAAGGAAGACGGCCCCCGCUACCUGGCCUCGUCCGCCGUGGUGUCGGCCGAGGUGCUCAAGAUCCUCGCCUGCACCCUCCUCGUCUUCAUUGAGAACAAAUUCAGUGUGCGCUCAAUGAACCAGCUGCUGAAGGAGGAGAUUGUGAACAAUCCCGUGGGGACCAUGAAGCUGGCCAUUCCUGCAGGGAUCUACACACUGCAGAACAAUCUGCUCUAUGUUGCCCUGUCCAACCUGGACGCAGCCACCUAUCAGGUCACGUACCAGCUGAAGAUCCUCACCACAGCGCUGUUUUCGGUCUCCAUGCUGGGGAAGAGGUUGGGCUUCUACCAGUGGCUCUCGCUGCUCCUGCUCAUGGCCGGAGUCACUCUAGUGCAGUGGCCCACAGAGACUGAAGGGGACACUGAGCAGAAGGUCCUGUCCGCGGGCUCCCAGUUCGUGGGCCUGAUGGCCGUGCUGAUGGCCUGCGUGUCCAGUGGCUUUGCCGGAGUUUACUUUGAGAAAAUCCUCAAGGAGACUAAACAGAGCGUGUGGGUCCGAAACAUACAGCUGGGUUUCUUUGGCUUUGUGUCUGGCUUCGUAGGAAUGAUAGUGUAUGACGGCCAGAGCGUGAGACAGUCUGGAAUGUUUCAGGGCUACAACGCCGUCACCUGCACAGUCGUCGUCCUACAGGCUGUGGGCGGGUUGGUCAUAGCAGUGGUCAUUAAAUAUGCAGACAACAUCCUCAAAGGAUUCGCCACGUCUCUGUCCAUCAUCAUGUCUGCAGUCAUUUCAUAUUUCCUGUUGGAGGACUUUAAUCCGACUAGUGUAUUUUUUCUAGGGUCACUGCUGGUUAUUGCUGCCACUUUCCUUUACGGCUACGAGCGCAAACCUGCCAGUAGUAGCACCAUCAAAGUAUGAACGGAGAACUGCUACCUGUCAGAAGUGACGACCUGCACCCAGCACAGACUACUGCCAAACUACUGCAGCUGGAGACUGUUGAGACUGAGUGUGGCCCAUCACUCCUCUGAAAAAAUGCUGUUUUGCACAACAGACGGGGGUCAAUAAUAUGACUAUGUGAAUGUAUUUUUUUCAGGUUUUUCUUAUGAAAUACUAACAGGAGUAUAUUGGAGCUAACUUGCCGUCAGUCGAAUGUUACAGCAAAGCUAAUAGACUGUAUGAUGAAACUAUCCCAUGGAAACUUUCUGUGUGUGCAAUUAAAAAGGGACCGAGGGGAGAAUGUGAUGAAAGCAUGACCUCACAGAUAUUUGUAAAUCUAUGUUUUAUAGCUGAAUACUGUACUUGUGUAUUUACGUGUUGGGGGGAUAUGAGGGGAAAGGGCUGUAUUUACAAAACAAAAAGGGUAUUCAUGGUGCUGAGAGCGCCCGUCUCAAAGAGAGGAAAAUCCCUGUCGGAGCUUCCAUCUAGUGGUGGAAUGAGGAGCAAACUUGCUGCAAGGAGGAGGGGUUACCUCUGUUCAAAGAUGCUGAAUGUCCUUUUUCAUAUGAGAUGAGAUGAGCUGGGAUAUGACUGCUUUGACCUUGCUGCUCACAGUCUGGGUAUUCAUAUCAAAGCACUUGUUCUACUGUUCUUUAAAUGCAGAAUACAGUUCUUUAUGUACGAACAAAUGAAUAAAUUAAGGCAUCUUUCAUGCUGAAA